CGGUGACCAAGCGGCGGCGCGGCGACACGGCGCGUGCCUAGCCAGUGGUAGCUCGAGUCUGUGAGAUGCUGUCAAACCGAGCGGACGCCGCGUCGAUGUCGCGUUUGGCGUGAGGGGUGCUCUUUGAGCUUCGUUGAAUUUUCAUAUAGCGCUAGAGCGCCCGCGAGCCUCUAUCUAAGGGGCAUCAGUGAAAUUAUCCUCUCCCAUCGUCCACGAUGUCCGUCGACAAGGAGGAACUGGUGCAACGCGCCAAGCUGGCGGAGCAGGCUGAACGAUAUGACGACAUGGCGGCCGCGAUGAAGGAAGUCACGGAAACCGGUGUCGAGCUGAGCAAUGAGGAAAGGAACCUGCUUUCCGUUGCUUACAAAAACGUGGUGGGCGCUCGACGAUCAUCAUGGCGUGUCAUUUCCUCCAUUGAACAGAAAACCGAAGGCUCGGAAAGAAAACAACAGAUGGCAAAAGAAUAUAGGGUUAAAGUAGAAAAGGAGCUCAGAGAAAUCUGCUACGAUGUUUUGGGUUUACUUGACAAGCACCUUAUUCCUAAAGCUAGUAAUCCAGAAAGUAAAGUAUUUUACCUUAAAAUGAAGGGUGACUACUAUAGGUACCUUGCAGAAGUGGCCACAGGAGAAACCAGAAAUUCUGUUGUAGAGGAUUCACAGAAAGCAUACCAAGAUGCUUUCGAGAUCAGCAAGGCGAAAAUGCAGCCCACACACCCAAUAAGGCUGGGUCUGGCGUUAAAUUUCUCCGUCUUCUAUUAUGAGAUAUUAAAUUCACCAGACAAAGCGUGUCAGCUCGCCAAACAGGCGUUCGAUGAUGCGAUCGCCGAAUUAGACACACUGAAUGAAGACUCGUACAAAGACUCGACACUGAUCAUGCAGUUGCUGCGAGACAAUCUGACGUUGUGGACGUCAGACACGCAAGGCGAUGGCGACGAGCCCGCCGAGGGCGGCGACAACUAAUCUCGCGCCGCGCUCACUCCCAGCACACGCAUUUGUUCUCAUUGGUGUUUUAUAAGAAAACGAGUAACAUUCGAGAACGCCGCGCGGCGCGGGUCCUCCGCCGCUGAUGCGAGCCGUCGCUUGUAAAAAAAUGUUAAAAAUGUCGUUCGCAGCGGACCUUCACGUUCCGUCUAAAAUUAAAUGUUAUGUGUCAUCUUUGACGGUUUUGUAUUUCUGUAUUUACACUGGAUUACAGAUAUCGAGCUGACCCGAUGAAUAUAAAUAUUUAUAACUUAAGUUAUUAAAAUUACGGUUUCUUAAGUUAAAAGUGUUUUCCUUUCUAUAUUUAGAAUAAAACUUAACAGCCUGGUCGGCCCCAAAUUAACAUUCCUUUCGCCGCAUGUCCGCAGUGAAAAGGAGAUCAUGAUGGUGAAUAUUGUUUUAAAAUUAUGCUAUUCGUUAUUAAAAAUUUGUUGAAGUGCGCCCAUAACUGACCCAAUUAAAUUAGAUUUUACAUAAAGUGAAUUCAAAAACCACCUGUAUAAUAAUGGCUGUAUCAAUUUAAUUAGGGCACAAAAAACUUGUUAGUGUCUUUCGUGGUUUUUGUGAUGUCCUCUAACAUUUUAAUAUUACCAAAGGAACUCUUUAAUUGUUGACAUUAACCAUUUUAUUGUGCCCCAUCAGUGAUUAUAAUAGCAUUCUGAAUUUUCAGGCAUUUAUUAGCAAGAUAGUUUUUGUGAUGGCCAAUAUUGUAACAUUUCUCUGCUGCAUUUUAUCAGCCAUUAAUCUAUUAUAUUUUUCAUGUUUUCACCAAUAAACUUUUGUAUUAAAUACAAUUUUUAGUUUUAGACCAA